AUGGAAACGGAGAAUUCCCCUUCUUUCCAGGACUUCCGUGGCCGGAAUCUUGCCCCUCCAUCUCAACUGCAGUAUUCGGCUGAGGCAGCUCAGAUGGAAAUGUUUCGGCUUCCAAGUGUGGUUGGCCUAGACGGUCCAAGUCUCCGCUCCAUAGAAGAGUAUUGUGAGGACGACGACCUUGUACGUCUUCAAUUUGUUUAUAAGGACCCAGGGGCGCUCGUCCCGGCAGACAUCCAUCAGCAUGACAGAGAGCAUGAAAUAAAAAAGUGUAGGCGCGAGGACGUAACCCCGCUUCACUCCAUUCGUCACUGCGAAGGCUUCGGAAACCGUCUCGUUGUCCGUGACGCGCGCCAUCAUCCCAUCCUAGAACUGACAAACCAUGUGGAUGAAGUGCUCGAGGCAGCCGAUUUUCCUCAUGAAUUUCCAUGGUCCGUUACCGUAUCAAAUGCCUUCGUCAGGUCCACAAAGAUAUUUUAG